UAUUGUUUUACAUCGUCGGAAUGAUCAAUUACAACGUAUAAAGGAAACACACCGCUCAUAUGAUGCACUGCAAUAUCCCAUUAUAUUUUGGCAAGGUGAAGAUGGCUACGAUUUCUCAACAAAAAUGAUAAAUCCCAUUACAGGUUCUGAAACCAACAAAAAAGUCAGUUCAAUGAACUAUUAUUCAUACCGCCUAAUGAUUCGGGAAAAUGAAGAUAAUCACAUAUUGAAAUGUCGGCGAUUAUAUCACAAAUAUGUUGUUGACAUGUAUGUUAAAAUUGAAACGGAGAGAUUAACAUUCAUCAGGUUGAAUCAAACCAAACUCCGAUCUGAAGAGUAUAUUCACCUUCGAGAUGCGAUUAAUACUGAUGGAAAUGCACAGAAUGUCGGUCGGAUGACUAUUCUUCCGGCAACAUACAUCGGAAGCCCUCGGCAUAUGCACGAAUAUGCUCAAGAUGCCAUGUCGUAUGUUCGUCAUUAUGGUACAGCAGAUUUGUUCAUCACAUUUACAUGCAAUCCGCAAUGGAUAGAAAUCAAGCAGGAGUUAUUCUCUGGGCAAUCACCCAUUGAUCGUCAUGAUAUUACAGCCAGAGUCUUUAGACAAAAGUUGAAAUCAUUAAUGGAUUUCAUCGUAAAACAUAAUGUGUUUGGUGAGACACGCUGCUGGAUGUAUUCUGUGGAGUGGCAGAAACGAGGAUUGCCACAUGCACACAUUUUGAUUUGGUUGGUUGAAAAGAUAAGGCCAAAUGAAGUUGAUGCAGUGAUAUCAGCUGAAAUCCCUGAUGUACAAGUAGAUCCUGGAUUACAUGAGGUAGUUAUCAAACACAUGAUACAUGGUCCCUGUGGAACUCUUAAUCAAAAUUCACCGUGUAUGAUGGAUGGUAAAUGUUCAAAACGAUAUCCACGGACAUUAAUAUCGGAAACAAUUACUGGUAAUGACGGUUAUCCAUUGUAUCGUCGCAGAUCGACAGCAGACAAUGGAAAAUCAACAAUUGUCAAAUUAAAUCAACAAGAUAUUGAAAUAGAUAAUCGUUGGAUUGUUCCAUAUUCACCCAUUUUAUCAAAGACAUUCAAAGCACACAUCAACGUUGAAUCUUGCCAUUCAGUGAAAUCAAUUAAAUACAUUUGCAAAUAUGUAACCAAAGGGAGUGAUAUGGCUGUGAUUGGAAUUGGUGCAGAGAAUUCCAAUGAUGAAGUUACCCAAUACCAAAUGGGCCGCUAUGUCAGUAGUAAUGAAGCAGUUUGGCGAAUAUUUUCUUUUCCUAUUCAUGAGAGACACCCUUCUGUUGUUCACUUAGCUGUGCAUUUAGAAAAUGGACAAAGAGUGUAUUUUACAACACAGAACGCAGUACAAAGAGCUGCUCAGCCACCAUCUACUACAUUAACCAGUUUUUUUGAGACAUGCCAAAACGAUGAUUUCGCACAAACAUUGCUAUAUUCUGAAAUGCCAAAAUAUUAUACCUGGAAUCAAUCCUAAAGGAGAUUUAUACGACGGAAACAAGGAAAACCAGUUCCAGGAUAUACAGAUGUAUAUUCCACCGAUGCGAUUGGCCGGAUUUAUUCAGUACAUCCAAGCAAUGAUGAAUGUUUUUAUUUACGACUGCUAUUAGUCAAUGUACGUGGCGCAACAUCAUUCCAACAGUUACGAACUGUUGAUGGUGAAUUGUGUGGAUCCUACAGAGAAGCCUGUCAACGUUUGCAAUUACUUGAAAAUGACGCUCAUUGGGAUCAAACUCUCAAUGAUGCUGUAAUAUCAUCACACGCUCAUCAAAUACGAACAUUGUUUUCUAUAAUCAUAUCUACAUGCUUCCCAUCAAACCCAAUUGAUUUGUGGAUCAAGUACAAAGAUUAUAUGUGUGAUGAUAUUUUGUAUCAAAUACGAAAUAGAAUGGGAAAUCCAAAUAUACAAAUCAGUGAAGAAAUUUACAAUGAAGCAUUGAUUUCAAUUGAGGACAUGUGCUUGAUAAUGUCAAACAAACUAUUAAUUCAAUUAGGCCUGAUCGCGCCCAAUCGUCCAAUGCAUGACGCUUUUAACCAAGAGUUGCAUCGAGAAAGACUGUAUGAUCUCAACGCUUUGAAAGAAUUAAUUCAAACAAAUCUUCCACUGUUAAAUGAACAACAGAAGUAUGUAUUUGAAACUCUUAUGAAAGUAACAAAUGAUGAAACUGGAGGGAUUUACUUCUUAGAUGCACCUGGUGGUACAGGAAAAACUUUUUUGAUUUCAUUAAUAUUAGCAACAAUUCGCUCACAAAAUAAAA